AUGCCUCACACCACCGUGGGUAGUCUGCCUCCCUCGUCGUUCCUGUCCCAUCCCAAUCCGCAGGCACAACCCCAGCCGUCGCAACCUUACCCUCCGCCUCAUAGCGUGCUGCCUCCCGCGUCCAGCGCGCAGACCUAUCCCCAGCCGAUUGCGCCGGCGCCUCCGCGUGAUCGUCGCUCGGAUUUCUCCGGUCUUCCGUCAGGUGCUUUCAGCUACUCCGAUAACAAGGGAACGCCUUGGAUGAACCCCGACCCUGUUGCAAGUGCAAACGGUGCUCCCCCGUAUGCUGCGAAGGAACCUCCCAGGACACAGGUUGUUGGGUCGCAGGGCCGCCGCGGAAUUUUGCCGAGCGUUCCGGGACGCGCGACUCCCGUCACGAACGGUGUCAAUGGUACCGCGAAGAACACUACCAUUCCGGCCAAGGAUGCGGACGGAAAGUUCCCUUGCCCGCACUGUAACAAGACCUAUCUUCAUGCGAAGCAUCUGAAGCGCCAUUUGCUCAGACACACUGGAGACCGUCCGUACAUGUGUGUGCUCUGCAAGGAUACCUUUUCUCGCAGUGAUAUUCUCAAGCGUCACUUCCAGAAGUGCUCGUUGCGACGUGGUAACCCUACUGGGGCGACUCACCUGUCGCACCCUCAGGCACACUUGAAGCGGUCUCAAGCUGCGCAGAAUGCCGUUAAGCCCGUUCAGGAUGAAGUCAAUACCACCGUCCCGCAUCCCAACGGUAUGCCGGGUGCUACGUAUGGCGAGGCGCCCGUGAAUGGCAAUGGCAUGGCUCCCGGUCGCCCCGGAUAUCCGGAACAGCAGCCUUUGGGUUUCUCCAUGCCUUCCGUCAAUGGGAUGAACCGUGGUCAGCCCGAAGACGCGUUCCCGGGCGGACAGCCUCACCAGCGUGGACCCUGGCUUGCUGCUCCCAAGCAGAACCCGUACAUGGUGCAGCCUGGCGCAGAUGCAACUGGCCAGCAGCUGAAUGUUGAUCGUCCUCCUAUUGAGCAGGUAAAGCCCCCGGUUGUUCAAGACCCUAAACGUCCUGUCAUGCCUGGACCUCCCAAUCACGCUGGCGAAAUUGACUGGACUUCGAUGUUUCAGCCCGGAGCGUCCGACGGUUACAUCAAUCCCGUCUUCCCCCAGACCAUGGCGUCCGGCCAGGAGCCUAUCCACGCUCACGUCGAUACCGAACGCAAGUUUUACCCCACCACCACCGCUGGUCCCCAGGAAGGUGGGAUGAACGGUCUCUACCUGGCUUCGACCACGUUGAGUGGCGACGCGAUGUCUUGCAAUGCUAGGCAUUUGUCUGGGAGUAUGUAUGGGGACGCUUCUCCGAUCAUGCUGUUGAUGCUCUUGCACAAGCGUGUACAUGCUAUGCGGUUUGGUGCCUUAUCAGUCUCCUGGAUUAUGCGCAUUGAAUCCAGCCUGGAAAGCCUCAUGAAUGAUUAUUGA